GGCUGGUGGGAGCGGAGGACGGUGGUUUUGGAUUGUGGAAGUUUUGUGGAAACAUGGAGCUCCCUCGACUACACUUCUUUACAUUUUUAUUCUUCAACACUGUCUUUGUCAGCCUCCAGUCCAAAGAACAAGUAUUGCUGGACAUGAGAUCUUCAGGAGGAGAGUUGGGAUGGCUGACUUUGCCAUAUGAGAACGGGUGGGAGAUUGUGCAGACGGUGGUGAACGGCUCCCUUUUCUACACCUACAGCGUAUGCAACAUAGACUCCACUGAACAAGAUAACUGGCUGCGCACCACUUUCAUUCAGCGGCGCCCAGGCACCACGCGGGUCUCUGUGGAGCUCCGCUUUGCCGUGCGAGACUGCAACACCUUUGAUGGUGCUUCUGUGUCCUGCAAAGAGACCUUCAACCUUUUCAUCUCUGAGGCGGAUGCCGACGUGGGAACCAACUUCCGCAAAGGGCAGUUCCGCAAAGUGGCCACCAUCGCUCCGGAUGAGGUCACGCGGGGUCGUAUGCUGAAGGUCAACACAGAGACCAGGACGGUGGGGUCCCUGUCCAGGAAAGGCUUCUACCUGGCCUUUCAGGACCUGGGCGCAUGCGUGGGGAUCCUCUCUGUCCGCUUGUACUACAAGACCUGCCCGUCCACCGUGCAGAGCCUGGCAGUCUUCCCGGAGACGGUGGCAGACGCUCUCAGGGAGGUGGAGGGCGCCUGCGUGGAGAACGCAGUGAGUCAGGCCACCCCACGCAUCUACUGCUCAGCGGAGGGCGAAUGGGUGGUUCCGGUGGGCCAGUGCCAGUGUCUCCCAGGCUACGAAACCACCGGGGACUCGUGCCAAGCAUGCAAGCCGGGCUACUUCAAGCCGUCUGUGAGCUUCGAGCUUUGUCAGGUGUGUCCUGACAACACAAAGCCCUCCGCAGCCGGUGCCACCCAGUGCCAGUGUGAGGAAGGUUUCUUCCGCUCACCAUCAGAUCCAGUCACAUCUGCCUGCUCGGCUCCACCCAGCGCUCCUCGCGACCUGACCUCCACCACCCUGUCAGCAGAAGGCAGGCUGCAGCUGUCCUGGAGUGCACCACUGGUGACCGGGGGUCGCAGCGACCUCAGCUACAGCGUGCUGUGCGAGCAGUGCGACAGGGGCUCGUGUGUCCCGUGCGGCGAGAAGAUACGCUUUGAGCCCGGUCCGACCGACCUGCAGGACACCACGGUCAUCGUCAGCGAGCUGGACUCUCAUCUCAACUACACAUUUACCUUGGAGGUGCACAGUGGAGUGUCCCAGUACAGCGCCCUGAGGCCCACCACCGCCAUCACCACUGCUCUGGACUAUACUGAUCCCCCAAAGGUGACGUUGAUCCAUCUGGAUGAUUGCAGCCCCACCAGCUUGUCUCUGUCGUGGGCUCUGUCUCGGAGACCUCCAGCCCACAUCAGUCAUCGCUAUGAGCUGAUGUACCGCAGAAAAGAUGGCGAUGGAGAGCGUGACGUAACCACCUACACGGUCCUGAUUCUGGAAAAGAGCUCCGUCCAUAUUAAUGAUCUCACACCGGACACCACAUACAUGUUCAGGGUACAGGCACUCGGUCCUGAAGGCAGCUCUGGUAGCUACAGCACGGAGUACGAGUUCCACACAUUACCACUAGGUGAGUCUCAGAUCCAGAACCCUUCCACCAUGGUGAUGGGAGCUGUGGCUGGAGUUGCUGUUAUUCUGCUGGUCGUGGUGGCCGUCCUGUUGCUACGUAAAAGGAGGCUGAGGUCUCACCGCCGAGGAGGACCUGAGGAUCCCUACUUUUCAUCAGAUCAGCUGAAGCCUCUAAAGACAUACGUUGAUCCACACAUGUACGAGGAUCCCAACAUCGCCAUCCAGAAGUUUGUCACAGAGAUUGACCACAGUGCCGUCAACAAACUAAAAGUCAUCGGCGUAGGCGAGUUUGGUGAAGUGUUCAGAGGUGUGAUGAAGACACCCGGGCGAGGGGAGGUGGCCGUGGCCAUCAAGACCCUCAAGCCAGGCUACUCGGAGAAGCAGAGGCAAGAUUUUCUGAGCGAGGCCAGCAUCAUGGGACAGUUCUCACACCCCAACAUCAUCCGUCUGGAGGGAGUCGUCACCAAAUUCAAGCAUGCCAUGAUAGUGACAGAGUACAUGGAAAACGGGGCUCUGGACAUCUAUCUUAAGGACCGCGAUGGGGAGAUUCCCACCUACCAGCUAGGGGGAAUGCUGCGUGGAAUAGCUGCUGGCAUGAAAUAUCUCUCAGACAUGAACUAUGUGCACCGUGACCUGGCAGCGAGGAACGUUCUGGUCAACAGCAGCCUGGAGUGUAAGGUGUCUGACUUUGGCCUGUCACGCGUCCUGGAAGAUGAUGCUGAGGGGACCUACACAACGAGAGGAGGUAAAAUCCCCAUCCGCUGGACGGCGCCUGAAGCCAUCGCAUACAGGAAGUUUACGUCAGCCAGCGACGUGUGGAGCUUUGGCAUCGUCAUGUGGGAAGUCAUGGCAUUUGGAGAAAGGCCCUACUGGGAUAUGAGCAACCAUGAGGUCAUGAAAGCCAUCAACGAAGCCUUCAGGCUGCCUGCACCCAUGGACUGCCCCUCCGCCAUCUACCAGCUCAUGCUCCAGUGUUGGCAGCACGACCGUUCUACAAGACCCCGCUUCUCUGACAUCGUCAACAUUCUGGACAAACUGCUGCAGAGUCCGGAGUCUUUGACCGCCAUUGCUGACUUUGACCCACGCGUGUCCAUCCGGUUGCCCAGCACCAGCGGCUGCGACGGCACCAUGUUCAGAUCUGUUCCCGAGUGGCUGGACUCCAUCAAGAUGAGCCAGUACAACGAAAGCUUUGCACGAGCGGGCGUCACCAGCAUGGAGCAGGUGCUCGCCUUGAGGCACGAAGACAUCAGGAAUAUUGGCGUUCGCUUACCGGGUCACAUGAAAAGGAUCGCUUACAGCAUUCUGGGCCUGAAAGACGAGUGCAGCCCCCUUAGCGUGUUUGCAGUGUGAUCUGCUGAGCAUUCCUCCUGCAUCUACAUGCACUAAAGCCACCACGCCAUGACAGUAAGUCUCACGAGGACUGAAAAGUGGACCCUCGCUCUCCUGACUGAAGACAGGAAUAAGACUGAAAACACUUACGUACUUUAAAACCAUCGUCACACAAGAGCGCUUGUGUUGUACUGAAUAAUGCUCUCUCUCAUUAAGAGCUCCUUUUUACGCUUAUUUUUUAAAUUAUCUUGUCUCAGGGUAAAGAAUCACACACUUUUGUAGUCAGAUCAUUUUACGUGUUUACACAAUGUCUUAAUACAGCCCUAAAUGUUUAUUUAAUAUUUAUUUUCUUUGAUAUUUAUGUCAUUUGUUACGAUUGUAUAUGUUGAGCAUGUAUGCUGGGCAAUGCAUUAUUGAGUGUAAAUAAA